CGGAGGGUGCGCCGGCGUUCGUGAGUGGGUCGGGCAGGAGUGGCGGCGGCGGGAGGAGUACGAAAUCCUCCUCCAAGUCUUCUGCCGUUGGACAAAGCGCUACGUCUCCCACGACUCAGCAUCAUGUGCAAGUCUCCGAUCGGGCGGAUGUGGUACAACAUUCGUUGCCGUCAUCGCCAGAGGGGAACAAUUUGCAGAAUCCAAGGGCGAAUAAUUCGCCGCCAACGCUGCUCGCGAUGAACGCACAACUGCAAAACCCACAAGAGCCCUUGACCAGCGCAUUGACGUCUCUGAUCUCGCCGGUUUUACAGGAGGUGGCUGAUAGUCUCACCGGGAUGAUGACCCCAACAUCGGGACACAACGCGAACCCCUCCGGACUGGGCGUUUCCGCAGGUGCAGCAGCGAGCAAUUUGAAAAAUCUGCGGUGGCUUCGGGAGCAGAAUUACUACCUAGUUCCCACCGGUUUGGAAAUGGUGCAGGAGGACGACGGCGGACAGACGCGCGGCUUUCUGCAGGCGGGGGAGCAGCGGAAUAAUGAAGUUCUACUCGACAGCAUGGUCGCGCAGAACGAGCCGAAAUACAACAUCGUGCAAAAGGAGUCCGCGCUGCUUUCGCAGCUCGCAAAACUGCACCCGAACAACUCGUAUCAAAUGUAAAAGUGUCUGGGUCUGGAAGAGUCAUGCUGUUUUUGCAUGACACAUAAGGCCUGGCAUGGAAGCUCUAGCAUCACAGGUCUCGAGAAGCUUCCGCAAUGCCGAAUCCGCAUUACAAAUCCCCCAUUUUGGUGACAGAAAGUGGGCAGCUUUUGCUACCUAUGCAUGAGAGAUUUUUCUGUGUUCUGAAAUGCGCAUCACAAGUUUGUAUUCUUCCAGACCCAGACAUUUUUGCAUUUGAUAACUCGCGCACGCCGAAUGGAAAAAUCCACAACGUUUUCAUCUGCGCGCACUGUCUUCCGCUAUAUCAAAAAGAAAAAUCCCCCCUCCCCAUAUCGAAAACGUAUCCGUCUGAAAAUUUGUGAUGCGCAUUUGUGACCUCAAAUCCUGCCUGUCUUGCAAGAGGGCAAGUCCAGAAAGCGUUCCGCAUUUUUCAGGCGGUUUGUGAUGCUGUUUGGCUCAGAGCAUACACGUUUGUCAUGCUAGGCGCCUACGUCAAACCUCUCGGCUGAGGCUUGCCGCAUGCGUGCACUCCUCUACUGCAAGACAAAUCUGAUUUGUGUAUGGAAAUCCAGCAUCAGAAACUUCGUUUCGAUAUGGGGAGGGGGCAUUUUUCCUCAUGAUACGCUGUGCGUCCACUACGAGGCGGAUACGCCACUGCUAGUUCCUUUGCCAGAGGAAAACGACAGCAUGAUCUUCGCAUUGUACAAAACGAGACACGAAUUGGCGAAACAGUACCGGCUGUACUUCGUCGGGUCGCCAAAAAUCUUUUCUAACAACCUCCCUUUGACCGGUGCGCAGAAGGAGAAUCUGACUGGUCUGUUCCUCGAGCAGGACUGCAUUCCGGUGUUUGUGGAGAAGGAGAUUUGGAAGAAGUUCCAGUCCUUCUGCUACAGCUACUUGUGGCCGAUCACGCACAACUUCAGUAUCUUCAUGCCCCAAUCCGCCACGCACAUGGGGCAGCAGGUUAAAGAUUUCGCCAAGGAGGACUGGGAUGCGUACAAAAAGGCCAACGAGAAGUGGGCGGAAACGUUGAUGCGCAGCAAGAAGGUGCGGUCCGGCGACAUUGUGUGGGCGCAGGACUGGCAGUUGCUGAUGUUGGGUAAGUACGUGCACCAGCACGCCUUCAUUGCCCGGACCCGCGAUCGGACGCAUACCGCAGGGGACAACGAAAGCCUGGCGUCGCCGAAAGCGGGCGUGAGCGCGCGGGGCAGCGGCUCGCCGCAGAUGGAAUCAGGGAAAUUAUCCGCAUCGCGGCGUGCCGGCGGCGGUCAAACGGCCCCGCUGCAGGUGAAGACGGGGCUGUACGUGCACGUCCCUUGGCCGAGCUCGGAUUUGCUCAAGUGCUUACCAGUCCGGAACGACUUGCUUCGCGGCAUGCUGGCGUUUGACCUCGUCGGCUUCCAGAUCUUCGACUACUCGAGACACUUUCUCACCGCCUGCACCCGCCUGCUCGGCGUACAGCACGUGUUCAAAAUGGGCGGUUUUCUCACCCUCGAGCACAACGGCAAAUCGACGCAGCUGUCGUCAAAACACUUGUGCUUACCCGCGAAUUACGGGAAGUCGAAUGACCCCGGCUCAUUGACCGUCGUCGUUGGUCGGCCGGACCACUUGUACCGUGCGAGCCAGCAGAACCAGCCGGAGUCCUCAACGGCAAGUUUAUCCGACCCGGCGGAUAUUAUGGACUACCGCGAGAACGAUUUGAUGGCGGCCUGGGGCUCCAGCUACAACGAGAGCGGCAACAACAACUCCGCUUUUGACAGUAUGUUCCCCGACCGGGAAUUUGCGAUCGAGCGGCAAGUCAGCGGUGCCGACGGACAGCUGCUCCAGCCGGGCGAGCGCGGGCGCCAGGCCCGGGACAAAUACCGCCGUAGUGACACAGACCCGGAGGUCGGUGUGGGUGGCUUGACCCAGCCCGGACCGCCGGGCACCAAAGGCGCGGUGAUGGAAUAUGGGAUUCUCAAUUGUUACAUUCUCAACUGUUACAUGAUUUGUCAUGCAAAAUCACUUGUUUUCACGGCGUCAGCCUGUUUCUAAGAGCUGAAACUACUUGACGUGUGCGGUCUGCUCUUAGACAUUAUGGGGAGGAUUCCUCUUUUCUGGUCCCCCCAGGGCAUUGCCUCAUCGUUGGUGCUAUUGUGUGACAGCUCUUAGUUGCCGUGGUGCUUUCGGUGGGAUGGACGUCCGGUGUUGCUUCGACACUCUUGUGUUGUUGCUUUUGUGAAUGCGAGGGCAGUGGUGGACUGAGGUUGCUGGAGUCCUCCGUAAGGACGGCUCCAAGUUAAUUUCUGACUACUCCGCUUCCUUGUGCCUCUGCUUUAGUGCUAUUUUUAGUGCUUUAGCUAAUAGGCGUCCCCCUCGCAUCUCACCUCCAGGACUUCGGGGACCCCACUUUUCCAAGGUUCUUGGUUGUGGAUGGUUCCUCGAGGUUUUUGUGGCGUCUUGGUAUUCUAGGUGCAAAAUCACUAUCGCUCUUAACACGAUCAAGCCUUCUCCGCAUGACAACUUCUUGACGCGCUACAUAGCAUUACAAUCUACUCCAAACCUGUAAUGCAAAAGGCGCAACAUUUUCCCUUUCACUUACACUUUACCAUUCUUGCAUGACAAAUUUCAUGUAACAGUUGAGAAUGUAACGUUUGAGAACGCCAUAUGGAACACUUCCCCAACACGUUCCGCAACGUGAUGCAGGGCGGCCGCAUAUCCUGAGUAAAAACGUACCCACACCAGAGUUGUAAUACAAAUCUGCACGCCAAAAAAGUUUCUCACGCUGAGCCCCAUGAAAGGCAUUUUCUAAUCGUGUUUUGGGAUUUGUGAUGCUAUAAUCAGCAUGAUAUGCUAGACCUGUGAUGCUGCUGAACUACCUAAACAGGAUUACAUUACAAGGACAAACUUGUCAUGCGAAACAGCCAAAGCUGGUUGAUUUGUCUAGCAGAUUUACCAUCUUGACUCUGGUGUGGGUACGUUUUUGCUCAGGAUACCGCAGCAGCGCCGUCACGGCCCAGCAGCAGCCCCAAGGCUCGCACGUCAUGUCCACGCACUACCACGGCACCGUCAGCAGCGCUAGGGGCAGUGCGGGAACUGGAAGCGCAGCGGCGGGCGCCGUUCCCAUGAGUCCCAUGUCGCCCUCGCGGUUGGCGGGAACUUCGAUCGUCGCAGAUUUACCCGCCGACCACAAAUCGAAGAUCAUCUUCGGAAGCGUGGACUGCAUCGAGCGCUUCGCUGGGUUGACGAACAAAAUGCAGGCGUUCCGGUAUUUCCUGGAAAAUUACCCGCAGCACCACAACAAGUUCCUCCUAGUGCAGUACUGCUAUUACCCGCCAAGUGUCACUUUCGACGACACGCCGCGGCUCGAGCACGAGGUUUGUCAAUGUGCGCGGGAAAUCAACGAGCGAUUUGGGUACCACAUCCAUUUGCAAAUUGGACAGAUCAACGACACCACGGCGUUUCAGGUUUUGCAGACCGCAAACAUCUACAUCGACACGUGUACGAAAAAUGGCUUGAACAUCGCCGCAUUCAAGUUCAUCAUGAUUCACGGGCAGAACUCCGCGGCACUGAUGCAGCAGCAGACCGACCCGCACCAGUCGUCAAAUCAAAACUCGAAGGAGAAACCGGCUGGCGGGUCGGCCGGGGGUACCGCUGUGUCGAAUGAAAGGGACCAGUACGGGGGCGGUGGGAGUGGGCAGUCGAGCAAGACGAACUUGAACAACCCGUCUGGUCAACAGCGCAGCAACUACGAGAACUGUGCGGUAAUUUUGUCCGAGUUCAGCGGCGCGAGUCGGGCGCUGAUCGGUGCUUUGCGUGUGAAUCCCUGGUCCACGCCGAACAUUUGUCAGCAGAUGGAUUCUGCCAUGAACAUGUUGGACGCGGAUCGGUACGAACGGUUUGCGCAGGACUUCAACUACGUCUCUUCCCUUUCCUUAUCCCAGUGGCUGUCCGACUUCUUAACCGAGCUUUGCUUCGAGGAGCAGCACGGUAGCGAGACAACUGCGCCCCUGCCGAUGCCGGCGCGGUUCGCGCGCUCGCAGGAGCAACCGUAUCAGGAGGUGUUGCUGCAGUCGUGGACGUCGAUUUUGAACCCAAAGGUGGUGCAGGAACGGUACCACAGUUGCGCGAAGGAAUGGCACAGGAGACGGCAUGGAAGGCUGCUGAUAUUCGAUAUGGACGCAGCGCUGGUGUUUCGUGGAUUGAGCUACAGUCUCAUGGAAACGAACUACCAGUUUACGGAGGAAUUUAGGACGGCGUAUUUUGUUCUUCUUCGAUGUUUUUUAGCAUUGCUGCUUGCUCUUUCUCUUUGUCUAUUCAUUUCGAACUCGACCUGUUAAUGGCUAUGCUGAUUUUCAUUUUUCCGACUCACUGUACUAUACAUUAAUCAGGUUGGACCCGAUCCACCAGGGCCUGGUCCGAUGCUUGCAGAAGAUGUGCGCCCAGAAGGAGAACACCGUGAUCGUCUGCAGCGGGCGCAGUCGCGAGCAGCUGGAGAGCUUUUUCCACAAGGUGCAGGGGUUGCACAUUAUCGCGGAAGACGGCUAUUGGUACGCCCAGGUCGAGGACGUCAACAUCGAUCUGCGGUGGGCUUGCAUCAACAACAACCUUCUUAUCGAGAACAAUCAAAGGUGGCAACGGAUCGCCAAGGUCUUGAUGAGCACGUUCGCGAAACGCACCCAGGGUGCGUUUGUGGAGGAGAGCGGGAGCUGCAUCUACUGGCACUUCGGCGGGUGCGAACCCAUGUUCGGGAAGCAGCAGGCUCAGAAUCUGGUGAAGCAGCUCGAGGACUAUCUCGGACAAUACACCGGGGUCUCCAUCGAAAACGGCAACACGUACGUGCAGGUGGGGUUGAAGGGCGUGAGUAAAGGCGCGGCUCUGACGAAGUUCUUUUUCAGCACACCAAUCGUGCAGCCGUCUGCAGAAAGCGACCAAGCUUCUCUCGCGAAAACCACCUCCGCAGGAUCCUCUAGUAGAACCGCGGCAGGAGUAGACCAAGACGCAUUCCGCAUUUCCGGCCCCCGAAGCAGCGUCGCCUUCGAUGCGAAUGGCAACAAGAUUCCGGAGUCGCUGAAGUUCUGCUUCUGUUUGUGCAUUGGGAAUGAUCGCAGUGACGAGGACAUGUUCAAAGCGUGUGCCGAGUACAUGAAGGAGAUGAGGGCGCAAACGGCGCUCGAAGGAGGUGCGGAGAAACCCUCGUACGAAAAGCAGGCACCACCGGCCCACACCCACUUCUCCAGCAAAGAUUCAACCGGAGCUGCGGUCUCACCGGUAAGUCGUUCGGAUGUUUUCGACGAAGUCGUGUCUUUCUUCGCAAGACGACGACGAAAGGAUAGUCGCAUUGUUUGCUUUUGACAAAAAUCAACCUUCUUGCAACUACGAAGCUUGAACGGCGUGGCUUUUCACGAAAUCAAUGAAGCCAGAGCUCUUCUCCUUGUUGGCUUUGAUCUGAGUUCCGUCGCACAUGCACUAAAGAGUCGUCAAUCGAGGACAAGAAGAUGGCGCACAAGAGGUUGAUACAUCCACUCUGAAAAACACAAAGAAAGCAAUCAAGAAUUAAGGAGCAGCAAGCUGGAGCCGGG